UCUGAGGAACAUAAUAAAAAAAAAAAAGCAAUCUCUUGGGUUGUUUUUUUUUUUGGUUCAUAUAAGGUAUAUAAGAUUUGAGUUCUUUUUUUGGGGGCUCUCUGAAAUCAAUCAAGAAAAGGGUUUUCUGGGUUUUAUUUUGUUUCUUGUGUAAGGUAUUCAGAGAAAUAUGGUUUUCAUGUGUGAGAUUUUCUUUGCUGAAGAAAAGCUUGAAGAAGGAGAGUGGGAGAAGGAGAGAUAAGAUUAGGAAGGUUUGAUCGCAAAAGCCAAAGGAUAGCAGAAGUAGAGGAGGAGAAAAAAAAAAAAAAUCGUUUCCUUUGCAAUCUGCUUCUGCUUCUGCUGGGCUAUUGGCAAUGUCUGCUACCAUAAUCAGUGAUCCAAUGAUGAUACCGGUGCCUGCUUCAGCACCGGAGACUCAGCUUGUGGCACAAAUUGAAGUUGAGUUUGCAGAAUGUGACUGUUGUGGGCUGACUGAGGAGUGCACCCCAGCCUACAUAGAAAGGGUACGCCAGAUAUACCUUGGAAAAUGGAUUUGUGGGCUCUGUGCUGAGGCUGUGAAAGAUGAGACCAUAAGGACUCAUGAGAGCCUCAUCACCACCGAGGAAGCCUUGACUAGACACAUGAAUUUCUGCAAGAAAUCCCACUCCUCUGGACCUCCUCCUGAUCCUACAGUUCACUUGAUAUCUGCAAUGAGACAGAUUCUCAGAAGAAGUUUGGAUUCUCCAAGAGCUGUGAGAUCUACCCCAAGCAGUCCAACAAGAAAGGUUGAGGAAAUCCGGCCACCAGGGCUCAGUAGGACAGGGAGCUGUUUCUCUAGCUUGGCUGGUUGACGGAGGUAUAUAAAGAUGGAAAAUUGGAAUAAAAACUUUGGGUGGGGGAGUUGCAUUUGAUAUGCUGCAAAUAAAGAGAGAAGAAAGGGAGGAGAAAAAGGACUCUUGUUUUAAGAUUAGAUGCUUAUGUAGUUUUCAAUGUCAAAUACAGAACUUCCUUUUUGUUAAGAAUUUCUUUUUCCCCAUAUACAUAGCUCCUCUUUCACCCUAUGGCCUGUCUACUUGAGACAAAAUUUGGAUUUGGGAUUAUGAUAUCCUUGUACUAUUUACAAGCCUUGCUACUUCCUUGUACCAAAGGUUUUAAAAUUCAACAACCAAUUAAAAUUGUGUUGAAUUUCGAUUUGGAAGACAACAGAAGUGCAUUUGGACCUAGUCUCUGGCACGAGUUUCUCUAUUGCAGAAACUGGAGUGGUUGGAAAGACGUUUUAAAAGCAUUUUUGUUUUUUUCUAGAAGUUCGUUUCAGCCUUUUUUUGAUUCUCUGCUCUCUGAGUGCUUCUUUUGCACAGAAUCAUUCCAUUGCCAGAAAUGAGAAAUCAACUAUCUUUGGUGUCUAAAUCAGUGAAUCCUGAUGGUUCCAUUUCUAGAUCUUUCACAUUAUAUGAAGUUGAGAAUGCGAAAGCAGAAGGUUAUGUAAUGUGAAUAGGUAAAGUAUUCUGUUCAUGUCCAUUAAUGAAUUGCCUUUAGGUGAAGCAAUGACUAUGACCUAACAUGUACUUGGAUCACCAAAAAUGGUUAAACAAAAGAUGGGUGGUGGA